UUAAUAAAAGUCCCAUUUUAGGAUUUUCAAAAGACCUAAAACCCUAAACCCUCAUUUGUCCUCUCAUUUCUCAUCCCCAUCUACUCAAAUCAUCUUCAACCCUGCCAUUGUUGCAGCAAAAGAAUGUCAUUUUCUCGCUCCAUUCGUCUUGUUCGUCAACUCUCCACCACCUCCGCCACCACCAUUUCCUCCACCACCACCACCACCACCACCGCCACCACACCUUCAAUUUCAAUCUCCAAAGCAAAAUUCAAGCUAAGAACAGAGCACGACCCUGACAAAGCCUUACAAAUCUACUCCUCUGUUUCCGAUCAUUACACUUCCCCUUCCUCCUCUCGCUACGCCCAGGAACUCACCGUCCAACGCCUCGCAAAAGCUCGUCGCUUCACCGACAUAGAAACCCUCAUCGAAGCCCACAAGAACAACCCCAAGAUCACUCAAGAGCCUUUUCUCUGUACUUUGAUCCGAUGUUAUGGCAAAGCAGGUAUGUAUGAUCACGCCUUAAACACUUUUAAUCAAAUGGAGGAACUGGGUACUCCAAGAACAGCUCUUUCUUUCAAUGCAUUGCUUUCUGCUUGUAAUCAUUCUAAGUUGUUUGAUAAUGUACCCCAACUGUUCGACGAAAUGCCUAAGAGACAUGGAUUUGCCCCUGAUAAGGUUUCUUAUGGGAUUUUGAUCAAGAGUUUCUGUGAGAAGGGGGAUCCUGAAUUAGCCUUAAAAACAUUGGAAGAAAUGGAGAAGAACAGUAUUGAGGUUACUGCUGUGACUUACACAACUAUUUUUGAUGCAUUGUAUAAGAAAGGGAAACAUGAUGAAGCUGAAUGUGUUUGGAAUGAAAUGGUGAAGAAGGGUUGUCCAAUUGAUGUUGCAGCUUAUAAUGUUAGGAUUGGUCAUGCACAUGGUGGUGAACCAGAAGGGGUUAAGAAGUUGAUUGAGGACAUGGCUGCUGUAGGUUUGACACCAGAUACAAUUAGUUAUAAUUAUUUGUUAACUAGCUAUUGUAGAAAUGAGAGGAUUGAUGAAGCUAUGAAGCUUUACCAAGAGUUAGAGGCAAGUGGAUUUAAGCCGAAAGCUGCAACAUUUAGGACUUUGGUUCAUUAUCUGUGUAAGAAUGGGGAUUUUGGGACUGGUUAUGAUGUGUUCAAGAGGAGUGUUUUUCAUAACAAGAUUCCUGAUUUUGCAACUUUGAAGGUUUUAGUGGAAGGGUUAGUGGAGAAGAAGAAUAGGAAGGAUGCAAAGGGGUUGAUUCGAACUGUUAAGAAGAAGUUCCCAAGUAAUGUUCUGAAUGCUUGGAAGAAACUUGAGGUAGAACUUGGUUUGGCUUCUGAAGGACCUUCUCCUGUUGUGCCUGAAGUGGAAGAGGUUGCAAAAUAGUGGUGCUCAAUUGAUCAUGAAAUGUAUUACGGCCUGUUUGGUAGCCGGUAAUAAAUGGUGGGAAUGAGAAUAAAUCUAAGUGUUAUUUGGCAAGAAAAUAACAUCAUGAUGUCAUGGUAAUGAAAUUUUAUCUCAAACUUGAUGUCUUUCUUCAUAAAUUUACAUUCCCACCUAAUAACACUCCCCAGAUGGAAUGGAUGAUAACGAAAAUUUAAAGAAAAAUAGCAAUUUUGAGUGAACUAGCAUUACCAUGGAAAUGAAUAUCGAUUUUCCUUAUAAAUUUACAUAUACAUUGAUUCCCAUUGACACCAUUUAUGGCCGACUACCAAACGGGCCGUCAACACCUCAUAAAAUGCUGCUUUUCUUGUGACCUUAACCGUGGGAGGGCACGGGUUAACCGUGUAAAGGCACAGAUUAUUGAACUCGAAAGAACAGGAUUCAGAAUAGGAUUCCGACAGUGGUCAAAAAACUGUGCAGAACUGCUGAUAACUCGUUUUGCGAUUCAGGAGAAGGUAUUUAUCUACUUCAAAACAGACUAAAGCUAUGAUUUGACCCAAGUUUAUGCUUCCCCUUUCACUUUGAUAGAAUAGGUUUUUUAAUAUUGCUGUGUUUGACUGUUUUAUACCUUUGUGAUUUUGGAGGAUUCAGAUUUUCUGAAGUCCAUUGUAAACCAAACUGGUGAAUAUCAUUGUCAUUAUUUAUAGUGCAAUGCAAAUAAUUACUCCAUAUUAUUGUUA